AUGGUUAGAGCUUUGAAGCAUCAUGAACAAAAGUUGUUGAAGAAAGUCGACUUCCUCGACUGGAAGCAAGACCAAGGUCAUCGCGACACCCAAGUGAUGAGAACAUAUCAUAUCCAGAAUAGAGAAGACUAUCAUAAGUAUAACCGAAUGUGUGGGGAUAUUCGGAAACUAGCACAUCAGUUAUCGCUAUUACAACCCACGGACCCUUUCAGAGUCAAGCAUGAGCAACUUUUACUCGAGAAGUUGUAUGCGAUGGGAGUGCUUGCUUCUAAGUCCAAGAUUUCAGACUUGGAAAAUAAAAUCACUGUUAGCGCCUUUUGCAGAAGGAGAAUAGGAGUGGUUAUGUGCCGAUUGAAGAUGGCUGAAACUGUGAAAGACGCAGUCACUUUCAUUGAACAAGGCCAUGUCCGAGUUGGACCUAACAUUAUCACCGAUCCUGCGUAUUUGGUCACUAGAAACUUGGAAGACUACUUGACUUGGGUUGAUACGUCAAAGAUAAAGAAGAACAUUCUUAAGUAUAAGAACAAGAUCGAUGACUACGAUUUGGCUUGA